AUGCCCAUGUUCUGUCUUGUUGUCACUUUUCAGGCCAGUCGUCUGGAAAAAGCCGACAUUCUCGACAUGGCCGUCAAUUAUGUUCGCAACAUCUCGACGACGUCCCAGCCAGGUUGGUCUGCAAGUCUUUCUUUGUGCAAACUUUCCGCUUUCUUUCUACUCCUCUUUUUUGUUUUGACACGUUUCACCGAUUGCAUCAUGUUUUCACUGCCACUUCGGAGAAGCCAUGCGAAGAAAAGUUGGCUUUCGAGGAAUCUUUUGCUUACUUCCACUUCGAGUGAAAGUGUGCGGUGA